UUCAAAUUCAAAGUCAAAAGCCUCCACCUUUCCUUCUCGUCUUCUCUUCUCUUCCCCAAAAUACCGCUUCAAGACUCUCAUAUUAGUGAGAGAAAAUGUCAGAGAUAGCUGGAGACGCAUGGAAGAAUUACCUUCGCCAACUGCAACUUCACCCUCUUAGAACUAAGGCAGUGACAGCGGGAGUAUUAGCAGGAUGUAGUGAUGCAAUUGCUCAGAAGCUUUCUGGAAUAAAGAAGCUUCAGUUGAGAAGGUUGCUUCUCGUUGUGCUCUAUGGUUUUGCAUAUGGAGGGCCUUUUGGUCACUUUCUGCACAAGCUGAUGGAUGUUAUUUUCAAAGGAAGGAAGGGCAAUGCAACUGUUGCUAAGAAGGUACUGUUGGAACAAUUAACUAGUUCCCCAUGGAACAACAUGGUUUUUAUGAUGUACUAUGGCCUGGUAGUUGAGGGACGACCUUGGAUUUUUGUUAAGAACAAAGUUAGAAAGGACUACCCUUCUGUCCAGUUGACUGCGUGGAAGUUUUGGCCUAUCGUCGGUUGGAUAAACUACCAAUAUAUGCCUCUGCAGUUCCGUGUUGUGUUUCACAGCUUUGUAGCUUCAUGCUGGGGAAUAUUUCUAAACCUAAAAGCACGUUCUGUUGCUAUUAAAAAGGCUUAAGGAUGGAGGAAACCCCAUUUCUGUCUUGUAGUGGUUACCUAGCUCUGUUUAUGCAUUGUCAUCAGAACUUUUGUUAUAUCUUAUCAAUUAAUAAUGAAAAUUGGUGUUGGAUGGUUCUUUCAAAAUUGCAUGAGAUGAUUCCCCCCCCUCAUGUUUCAUAAUUUUUAUGAAAUAACAAAAAUCCCACCCUUGUUGCUA